CAGUGGUUACUGAGGAUAUAAUUUUACACCACAAAGAAAUAUUAACUAUAAAUAAACAAUUUUAGAUCAAAUAACAUUUCUAGAGAUUUGAGUUUAGCCUAUAAAUAGCCAUCGAUAUUUCUAGUUUUCUUCUCUUUGUCAUCUUCAAAUUCUACCAAAAAACGACCCAAAAUAGCAAAUGCAGCUCCAGCUAUUGAAAAGCUCAAACUAAAAGAACAAGAAAUAAGUUAUCCCAUUGAAGGCAAAUUGAUGAUUCUACUCUAACAAUCUCACUAUUCAUUCUGACGUAUCGAAUAAACUACACAGAGGUAACAUGCAACCGCAAAAACAAUUCAAACGAAUUGAACAGAAUGUUCCUGCAUCCACCUUCUUCUUAUUCUUCUCUCGGUCGAUCGCAAAUUAGAGAGAACAACUUCGAAGUCGAAGCCAUUUCGUAAAAUUAAAAAAACAUGCAGAAAGAUAGCGGCAGCAAACCGAGCUUUGCGCAGAUUGUUUGGGCUUCUUCGAUUGGAUUGAUCAUCAUUGCAGCAAUGCAUUAUCGAAUAAGGAAGCUACGGGAUCAAAAGAUCAUCCCUCGAUUGAAAGUCUCGGAUACGGGCCGCGUUGAAAAGCUCGAGAGCUUUCCCCAUUAUGUAGCAAGGCAAAUGGGAUUUAAGGAUAUAAAUGAGUGCCCACAUCUCUGCAAGUUAGCCUCAGAGUACAUAGCCAAAUCCGACGAAUGUGAAGAUGAUAUCUAUUCCUUUUUCUCAAGUGAGCUGCACGCUGAUUCUCUCUUUGUCAAACUUGUUGAAGAAUUUGAACGAUGCAUUCUCAGCUACUUUGCGUUCCAUUGGAAUCAAACGGAUAUUAUGAUUAGCCAGAUUUUGAGUUCUGAUCACCAGGAGCCAAAGAAGAAGCUUAGAAACAUUGUUAUGGCUGCAACCAGGGAACAGAGGUUUCAAAGGGUGACAAAGAACCUGAAAGUUGCAAGAGUGUUUACAACUUUAGUUGAGGAGAUGAAAGCAAUGGGACUCGCAUCCACCGACGACUCUCAAUGCACCGAGGUGAUGGUUCCGAUGGCUCACGCCGAUAGAAGUCCAAUGCUCCUCUUCAUGGGCGGCGGGAUGGGGGCAGGGAAGAGUACUGUGCUCAAGGACAUUCUCAAAGAGCCCUUCUGGGUAGGAGCAGGACCUAAUGCAGUAGUAAUUGAGGCAGAUGCUUUUAAAGAAUCAGAUGUAAUUUAUAGAGCUCUAAACUCAACAGGCCACCAUCAUGACAUGCUCCAAACAGCAGAACUGGUACACCAAUCAUCCACAGAUGCAGCUUCAUCACUUCUAGUGACAGCAUUGAACGAGGGACGAGACGUAAUCAUGGAUGGAACGUUGUCGUGGGUACCGUUCGUAGUACAGACAAUUACGAUGGCUAGAAACGUCCACCGCCGACGUUAUCGAAUGGGAGUUGGCUAUAGGGUCGAGGACGAUGGCACUGUAACCGAAAACUAUUGGGAACGAGUAGAAGAUCAAGAACAAGAUCGAGUUGGGGGCAAGAAAAGAAGACCAUACAGAAUUGAACUUGUUGGAGUUGUUUGUGAUGCUUAUUUAGCUGUCACAAGAGGCAUAAGGAGAGCUCUAAUGUGUAGAAGAGCAGUAAGAGUAAAAUCUCAACUGAAAUCCCACAAGAGAUUUGCAAAUGCUUUCCUAACAUAUUGUCAAUAUGUUGAUACUGCAAGGCUAUAUUGCACCAAUGCUUUGGAAGGCCCACCAAAGUUCAUUGGAUGGAAAGACAAAGACAAGACAUUGUUGGUUGAUCCAGAAGAAAUAAAGUGUCUAAAAACUGUUGGGAGCUUAAAUGAGGAAGCAAGCUCCAUAAUUGAGCUUUAUAAAGAUCCUAGUCCUGUUUGUGAAGCUGGAUCAGUUUGGAAAGACAUUGUAUUGUCACCUUCAAGGAUAGCCAUCCAACAAGAGCUCAAAUAUUGCAUCAAGAAAGUUGAAAGUUUUAAAUCUUUUCACAAAAAUGGAGAAGAAUUUCUAACUUCCUAACAGCUUUACUUUCCAUCAUAAGGCUAAGUAGAUAUCUUUGACAACUGAGGCCCAAUAUUUUAUAUAGAUGAAGCUAUGUGUAGAACUCCAUUUCAAUACCAAAAACAUGAAGAAUCCUUGUACCAAAAUUAGAAUGUUCAUUAAUGGUAGAAGUGUUAAAGUAUUGAUAAAAGAUUAAAGUUAUAUUUCUUGUAAUGUUAAUUCCUCUCUUAAGUUUUUUAGGGUUUGUGCAAAUAUUCAAGCCUAAAAGUAAAAAAGAGCAUUAGAAAUAUUGCUAACCGAUUAAAAUGCACCCGAAACUACUUUAUUUUUAAAAUGCGUUUUCAAGUGAGCUUAUGUUAGGUCUGCUGAGAAAUCGAAUGACAUUAUUUCUGUAACUCAUUCCUUUCUACCAUUCAAAGACAUAGUAAAUAAAUCCAGAUUUUUCAACUCUCUAUACUUGAACUCAGUUCAUACAUCAUGAACCUAUACCUAAUGCAAAAAAGGAGACAGACCCU